AUGAUCAGUGACGGAGAUUCGAGUGCAUAUGAAGCUGUAAAGCAUACUUAUGUUAAUUUAUUGGGUGAUGAUCAUGUACGUUCAAAUGAUGCUAAUGAUUGGACAGUUAAUACGAACUAUGUCGUCACGAAGGAAGAUUGUGUUAAUCAUGUCAAAAAGAGGGUCGCCAAUCAUCUCAAAACGUUGAAAAGUCGAUAUACGGGUUUUGAAAAUGAACGAGAAGAAAACUCAAUCAUAAUAGUAUCUGAAAAAGCAGCUGAUGCACAAUUAGUUCAUAAAGGUCGUACUCGACGUCGUCUACCUGAUGGGAAGCCAUAUGGUGGUAGUAAUGGUAGUAUGACUAAAUCAAUGGAACAAAAACUGUCCGAUUAUUAUGGUUUAGCAGUACGGCAGACAAAUUUAGAUGAAGAUAAUGCUGUACUUCUUAUGGAACGUAAUUGUAAAGCUGCAUUCAUGCACAAUAUAAAACAAUCUGAUCGAGAAGUUCAACAUUCUCUAUGUCCUACGAGACUUGAUUCAUGGUGCUCUUAUUAA